UUGGGCCAGUUGAGGCUUUUCUUUCUAUGUCUUUUCAGUUGUUUACACAUACAUUAUUUGCAAAAGUCUUGGUCAACAAAUUCAGCAUAAACAAAACUGCCUACUAAAAGUCCUCUCUGUAUUACAUUAAUCAUGCUUCUUGACUUUGACUUUUCAGCAUAAACAUAUUUCCACUUGCCCUCCUCCAUUGAUCACUCCCAAACUCAAGUCAAGCUGGCACGUUGAUCUAAAAACUUGAUGUUGAUUUUAAGAGGUUGAAGAAUAAGCCAAAAAAAAGAAGGGAGAAUCAGAAUGGAGUACAAGCAUUUCAGCCAUCCUCAUAACCUGAACAUCUUCAAAGUCCAACAAGGCCAACAAUUCCCCUGCCAUGGCUGCCAAUCUCUGUGCCAAACUGACUCCAACAUUUACGCCUGCUGGAGCUGCAGUUUCUUCCUCCAUGAACACUGUGGGAACGCCACCCGAUACCUUCAUCAUCCUUCUCAUUCCCUCCACCCUCUGAUCUUGAUCCCAUCCCCAACUUAUUGCAGUGGUGCUUUUGUCUGCAAUGCUUGUGGAAACACUGGAAGUUCAUUUGGAUACUGUUGUGCACUUUGUGAGAUUGAUCUUCAUGUCAACUGUGCUUUAUUGCCAACCAAGAUCACCCACAAAUCCCACCAGCAUGACCUGAAAAUCAACUUUCGUGAGGCCGAUGGUCAAAAGGGCUCACCUGAAUUUUGCAAGAUUUGCUCUAAAGCAAUGGGAUCCAAGAAGAAUUGGUCAUAUUGCUGUGUCGAAAACGGUUGCGAUUUUCGGGUUCAUCCGGGGUGUGGUACUACGCAAGUGAAUCUGGGGUGGUAUCAGGGGAUGGAUCCUGAAGAUGAUAAAGCCCCAAGAACAAGUGAAACUCAGACAGCCCCUUCCCCUGCCCCUGCCAAGUCUGAUCCUGUGGCUGAAUUGUUAGAUCUUCAGCUGCAGAUGCAAAUGGCUCAACAGUUUGCACAAUUGAUGUCAUCUUUCAAUCCGGCUAGUUUGGUUUAGAUGAAAGAUUGUCUUUAGGAAAUCAAAAGAUUUGCCUUUUCAUCAUCCGUUGAUUGAAGUUCAAAUUAAGAGGUUCCAGUUAAUUUAUGAAUCUUCUCUUGUUUUUUUCCUCAAGAGUCCUUUGCUGUUGGACUUCAAUUUCUUGUACUGAACAUGAAGCAAAGUGACAUCCAAUUCUUAUUCAUGUGUUUUUCUGCCAUUUUCUUGUUUGACUUCCUAUAUACUAUGACGGGUACUCUCAUACUAAUAGCUGUUUCCAUCAGGGAGGUUCAUUAAUUAGGCCACACAAUAGUAAACGUUGUAUUCUACCCUUAAGUUGGAAGCCACAUUUGUUCACUCUUAUGGCAUUUUUGUUUGCAUUUAUCUGUGACAGUAUAUGACAAGGCAUUAACUUGCUUAUAGAAGAGCUAAAGAGAUGGAGGAUCAUAUGUUGUCGUCGUGCUCUAUAAAAUCGCGUACCUUGCUUAAGUUUAUGAAUCGCAAAUUUAAUUUAGUUCACGGAUGAUUACCUUACCUCCGCCAAGUCCUUUCCUACUUUGUUUCUCCCUAAACCCUUUAACAUCACACUUACACACAAGAGGCACAAGAGGAGGCAAAGGACCCUAGAAGAUCACUAUUUCUUGUGGGGGUUGUUUGUAUAAAGG